AUGUAAACUAUCCGAAUACUCUUUUCGAUUUUUGUCAUCUCUUAGUCAUAAUGGCAACUUGUAAGUGAAGACUUGCUCAAUUUUUCUGUAUCAAGCAGUAAUUGGAAUUAUGGAAACACAUGUAAUUGGGACAGUGGAAGUACGGGAGGGGGUGGAUCAGUUUCUGGAUGUUCAGCUAAUGAUAUUGAAUAUAUUUUAGUGGGAAGUUAUAAAGUUAGAGCCUACUAUUCUGUGUAAAACUUGCCUCCUCAUUACUAGGUCAAAGUUGUAGUGGAUGGCUAUUUUCUAGACUCUGAUAGGGACAAUAUUUACUAUGUAUCAUACGAAGUCUAAGGAUCAACCCCCACUUAUUCAUUAUAGUAUAAGGAUAGCACAUUGCAAGGGUAUGAGGAUGCUUGUAGAGGAUCUUGGGGUAGAUUCGAAGUUUAAACCUUUAUAAUGACUUUCUCUCAUACUGAUUAUAGUGAAGUUCGAUUCAGAGUGUGUGGAACACUGAUGGAUUCUAGAAAUUAUGGUGUAAGGGGUUUAUAGAUUUAUGUUAAUUAAUGUCAUUGGUCAUGUUUGAAAUGUAGUUCCAAUUUAAUAACUGGUUGCUUGGCUUGUUUCACCGCCCCCUCUACUACGUUUGCUACUAGUUAAAGCUGUGGUAGUUGCCCUACUAAUAAGGCAUUUAUUGAAUACAUAGAUGACACGAAGAGUUGUGUAGUAGAGUGCCACUACUAUAGAGUUCCAGAUUCAAAUAAUGUCUGCUAAUUUAAUGCAAACAUGUUCCCUUACACAACCUACUUUGACACUACCUCAUUCAGUUAAUCAUCUCCUUGGGUGUUUGUUCCUGACCCAAUUAAUUAUAAUUUACUUUACUCCAAAAAAAUAAGUUCGAUACCUUGUGAUACAAGUAAAAAUUAUGUAGGACCAUUCUUAUAUAACGAAGCAUUUAGUUUGACCCUAUAAAUUCCUUACAACAUAUCUUAUAUAAGGUUUCGAGCAACCAUUGUAAAGCUAAACGAUUGGGUUGAUUAUUCAGCAGUUCAUGUGUUAUUAGAUUAGGUUGAAUUCGCAUCUGUUUACACAAUUGGUCAAGUUUUCACAAGUCGAAAUGCUGAUUAUUUAUAUUCUGAAUCAAUUUGUACGCCUACUGUUGGAUAUUUCAGAUUUGAGGCUAAGUUGAAAUCAAAUAUUACUAAUCCUGUAUUAACUCUAUAAGGGUCUAUGGAUUAAUUCGGCUAAUAGUCAUGGGGCUUUCGAGAUGUCGUUAUGGAUAUAAUGCGAUGUUAACCUAAUUGUGAUUGGUGUGAUUUUGAUUAAAAAUGCUAUUCCUGUUCAUCAGGAUUUCUUUAUAAAAAUAAAUGUGUACUUAGUUGUCCAACUCAUUCAGUCUAAUAAACAGGUGUUUGUAAAGACUUUGAUGAAAUAGUUGAUAAUUCAAAAUACUUAAUCAAAGCUUUUUAUGACUCUUCAAAUACAACUGAUACAGAUGUUAGUAAUAUCGUAGGGACAAUUACGAAUGGAGGUUCUGAUUUCACAACAUCAGAUGGAUUUUUAAGCACCAACAUUAAGGUUUAUUUUAGUUAUUAUAUGGGCAAAAGAGUAUUGGGAGGUCCAUUGGUUUGGAACUCAGCAACAUUUACAAAACCAUACACUUUGAAUCCACAUUACAAAUUUAGAUUUAAAUUCACAUUAGUUUUAGGAGAUGAAUUUUCUGGAGAUUUCCAGUAUACAAUUGGAGGAACUUCGUAGACAUUGUAAUAUAGUGACUCAGGCUUUGCAUUAACAUCUAAAGAAGUAGGAAGAGAUAAGAGAGAUAAAUACAUUACAAUUGAUAGAACAAUAGGGCAUACAAGUCCGAGUUUUUCUGUUUAAAUGACAUGCAAUUCAGAUAGAUCAAUUAAAAACAAUUUCUGCCUAGUUUACGAUUAUUUUAUUAUCAUUUUAGAAUGUACUUAAUAUUGUACAGCUUGCAGUGGUCCAACAUGGGCAGAUUGCUCUGGAAAACAAGCAUUACCAACUGAAAUGUCAUCACCAACAACUUGUAUUAAUAAUGCCUACUAUUUUGACAACACAGUUACUCCUGCUGUUUGUCGAGCUUGUACACCUUCUUACUGUUUAGAAUGCUAGAAUGCUUAUAUUUGUACGAAGUGUGCUUCUAACUUUUAUUUAUAAAAUGGAAAAUGCUAAUGUUAUCCUUGGACUUAUUUGACAGUUUCUAAUACUUGUCAAAGUUGUCAUCCUUUAUGCGAAUCUUGUUAUGGUUCAAAUAGUAAUUAAUGCUUGUCUUGCAAUAGUUAUUAACAUAGAUAUUUGAAUAAUAAUAUUUGUGUCUGUCAAAAUAGUUACUAUGAUGAUGGUGUUGAUUAUAAAUGCUAAUCAAUUUGUGGAGAUAUGAUAGUAACUGAAGGAGAGGAUUGUGAUGAUGGCAAUACAAUUAGAUUUGAUGGAUGCAAUAAUUGCAGAUAUGAAUGUUAGAAGGAAUGUUUAAGUUGUGUUUAGGGAUAAUGCUCUGUUUGUGCUCCAGGUUACACUCUUUAAAAAACUAUGAAAAUAUGUUAUCCUACAUGUGGGAACAGUUCUCUUGUUAGUUAAGAAUAAUGUGAGGACAAUAAUCUGACACCUUAUGACGGAUGCUAUAAUUGUUAAUUUUAAUGUUAACCUUAAUGUACAAAUUGUAUCUAUGGUAAAUGCUAUGAGUGCGAUAAUUCUAUUGGUUAUUAUAUUAAUUUAGCCACCUUUAAAUGUGUUACUUAUUGUGGAGAUCAAAUUGUUGCUGGAGGAGAAAUGUGUGAUGAUGGAAAUAACAACCCAUUUGAUGGAUGCAACAGUUGUGCUUAUUCCUGCGAUUCCUUUUGUGCAUUAUGCAUCUUCGGUAUAUGUACCAAGUGCAAAUCAGGGUUCUAAUUAUUGAACCAAACGGGUCAAUGUGCCCCAAUUUGUGGAGAUAAACUAAUUACUUAUUAUGAGGCCUGCGAUGAUGGUAAUGAAGUCAAUUCUGAUGGAUGCAGCUAAUGCACUCUCACUUGCUAAGAGUAAUGUACAUCUUGUCUUUUGGGAGUUUGUUUGGAAUGCAAUACUCCAGGAUAUUAUUUAAAUCCAAAACUUAAAAAGUGUACUUCCAUAUGUGGAGAUACUGUUCUAUCUGUACUAAAUGAAUAAUGUGAUGAUGGCAAUAACACAUUCGAAGAUGGAUGUUAUUAAUGCAAAUAUGAGUGCUAGACUGAAUGUCUGACAUGUGCAGCAGGAAUCUGUUAUAGCUGCAAACCAAACUUUUAUCUUAGUUCUGAUAAUACUUGUCUUCCUAUUUGUGGAGAUGGAGUUAUUUCUAAAUUUGAACCUUGUGACGAUUAUAACUUUGUUAUUGAAGAUGGAUGUGCAUAAUGUUCUUAUUAAUGUGAAACAAGUUGUACACAAUGCUAAUUUGGUAUUUGCAAAUUAUGUCAAAGUGGGUAUUAUUUAAAUUAAUCGAUCAAGAAAUGCUUACCUAUCUGUGGUGAUACACUAAUAUUAGGUGAUGAAUAAUGUGAUGUUGGUAUUAUACCAUUCGAAGAUACUGUAAAAAAUACAACUGGAUGUAUUAGUUGUUAACUCAAAUGUUCUCCGUAAUGUGAAAUUUGCACUUAAGGCUAAUGUUAAAAGUGCAAGGAGUCUUUAGGAUGGUAUUUAGAUUACUAAACAUCUUCUUGUUAUACUUAAUGUGGAGAUUCAAUUAUAAGUGAUUAUGAAGAAUGCGAAGAUUUUAAUUCUUAAUUAAACGAUGGAUGCAGUCAAUGUGUUUUUAAAUGCUAAUAAGAAUGCUCAAUUUGUAUUUUUGGAUUAUGUUAGUAAUGUAAUCAAGGAUAUACUUUAAUUAACUAAAAAUGCUUACCAGUCUGUGGAGAUGGGAUAGUGGCUGGAGACGAGGAAUGUGAUACAGGAAUCAUUGAUUUCGAAGUAGUUUAUUGUGUCAAUUGUAAAUACAGAUGUGCAGAAGGAUGCAAUAAUUGUGUUUAUGGCACUUGUUUAGAAUGCAAAAACAAUUAUGGAUUUUAUUUGAAUUAAAAUCAUUAAUGUGAAUCCAAAUGUGGAGAUUUAAUUAUUUCCAACAAUGAGAUUUGUGAUGAAAACUCAGAAGCUUGUGAAAGUUGUAAUUUUGUUUGUGAUGAUAAUUGUAAUAACUGUAAAUUUGGAAUUUGUUAGGGUUGCAACCUUGGUUAUGAACUACUUUUAAACAGAUGUGUCAGUAUAUGUGGAGAUUCAAUUUAAACAAGCAUUGAAGAUUGUGAAAGCCAUGAUAUUGUCCCAUUUGAUGGAUGUUACUUAUGUCAAUUUUAAUGUUAAGAUGAAUGCUAAUAAUGUAUAAAUGGAGAAUGCAUAUUAUGCAAUUAAGCUAUGGGGUGGUAUCUAUUAAAUAAAAAAUGUGAGACCAAAUGCGGAGAUGGUAUAAUUGCUGGAUUAGAAGAGUGUGAUGUUAGUUUGAAUUAUGAUAAUGGAGAUGUUUCAAAUAAUAAAUGUUUUAACUGUAGGUUAUCCUGUGCUUAAAAUUGUUCGAAUUGUGACAGAGGAAUCUGCUAAUCAUGUUAAGAUGGAUACCUUUUAACUGUUUAUAAUGAAUGUGUCAACAUUUGUGGUAAUUUAAAUACUGAGGACUUCGAAGUAUGUGAUGAUGGUAAUAUUAACGGUUUUGAUGGCUGCUUCUCAUGCCAACAUGAUUGUUAAUCUGAAUGUUAGGAGUGUGUAAAUGGAGUAUGCAUCUUAUGUGAAGAUGGAUUUGAAUUAGAUGAAGAUACAUAAUAGUGUCAAUCUAAAUGUGGAGAUAUGAUAUUAACACAACAUGAAGAGUGCGAUGAUGGUAAUUAUAUACCUUAUGAUGGAUGCUAUAACUGCAAGUAUUCUUGUACUGAAAAUUGCGAUAUUUGUGUCAAAGGAGUUUGUUAAAGUUGUUCUUAAAGGUUUGUUCUUUCUUUUCCCAAAUGCAUCCCUGAUUGCAAAGAUAUUAGUUAUACUUAAAAUGCUGAUGAGUGCUAUCCAUAAAAAUAAUGCUAAAGUGAAUGUGUAAUUUGUAUUAAGGGUGACUAACACAAUUGUGAAAGUAUGUGUGGAGACGAAAUGAUAGUAGGAUAAGAAUAAUGUGAAGGGUUCUUAAAUUAUGCAAAUGAUGAUCCUUAUUGUAAUAAUGAAUGCUAAUUUGCAUGUCCUAGCAAUUGUGUUACUUGUUCAUUAGGUGUUUGUUAACAAUGUCAAAGGGGCUUUUACUUGAUAGAAAAUAAGUGUUUUCAUUAUUGUGGAGAUUCUUUAAUGACGGAGUUCGAGAUAUGUGAUGAUAAUAAUCUUACACCAUUCGAUGGAUGUUUUUAAUGUCGACUUGAUUGUGAAGAGCAGUGCACUUUAUGCAUUGAAGGAGUAUGUUAGAUGUGUUAAAGGGGUUAUGAAAUCAUAGAUGGACAUUGCUUUUCUGUUUAUUGUGAUGAUUAAAAUUCUAUUAAACAUGAUGGAUGCAACUAAUGUAGAUUUGAGUGUGAUAAAAAUUGCUCUUUUUGUGAAUUUAAUAAAUGCAUAUUUUGUGCUAAUGGGUUUGAAUUGUCAGCUUAGACAUGUAUUUCAGUUUGUGGAGAUGGUUUAAUUGUUGGGAAUGAGAAGUGUGAUGACGGUAAUUUAAUUAAUGAAGAUGGGUGUUUUGAAUGUCAAUAUGCAUGUCAAUAAUAAUGUCAAACUUGCUUAUAUGGAUCUUGCAUCUUGUGUAAUGAGGAUAAAGGUUGGUAUGUAACAUCACAAGGAGAUUGUUAACCUCUAUGUGGAGAUAAUAAAGUUGCUGGAUUAGAAUAAUGCGAUGAUGGAAAUGAUUAGAAUUUUGAUGGGUGUUAUGAAUGCAGUUAUAUUUGUUAAAAGUCUUGCACAAAAUGUAUUAAUGGAUUGUGUUAUGAAUGCAACACACCAGGUUGGAGACUAGAAAACUAUUUUUGUUGGGAAAUAUGUGGAGAUGCAUUAAAGGUUGGGAUUGAAGAAUGUGAUGAUGGUAAUGAUGUUCCUUAUGAUGGAUGUUUUGAUUGUAAAACAUAAUGCGAAGAAGCAUGUGUUGUUUGUUCUGAAGGAUAGUGUUAAGUCUGUGCAUAUGGUUGGUAAUUGAAUGAGAAUCAUAGAUGUGGAACAAUAUGUGGAGAUUAAUAUGUAGUGCCUAGAUUUGAAGAUUGUGAUGAUGGCAAUCUCUUACCUUAUGAUGGAUGUUACGAAUGCAAUUAUUAAUGUGUUUAACAUUGCACUGAUUGUAGAGAGAGUGUAUGUUAUGAAUGUAAUACACCUGGAUGGACUUAUGAGAGCAUAACUUAAAAGUGCAUUCCAGUUUGUGGAGAUGGUGAGCUUAAUGGAUAUGAAUAAUGUGAUGAUGGAAAUAUUUUUGACAAUGAUGGUUGUAGUAAUACUUGUGAAUAUUAAUGUCAUAUAGCUUGUCUUACUUGUGACAGAGGUAAAUGCUUAGAAUGCGAUCGCUAUUUGGGAUAUUUUGUAUCCAAUAAUUAAUGUGCAUCAAAAUGUGGAGAUGGUUUGUGGGAAUAAAAUACAGAAUAGUGUGAUGAUGGGAACCUUCUGAAUUAGGAUGGCUGUGAUAAAAACUGUAAGAUUGAGGUGGAUUGGUAUUGUAAAAAUGAACCAAUGCAAAUUAGUAAUUGCUUCUUCAAAAGAUAGCCUAGUGUUGAAUUGAAGUUGCUAUCAUAAGAAGAGAGAACAUCCAAAAUUGAAGUAACAUUCUCUACUUAAAUGAUGCUCCAAAAAAACUACAUCUUGUUUGAAAAUGAAAACAAUAAUCCCACGUUAACAGACUUUUAACUUUUCAUGGUCAAAGUUGAUGAAUUAAACUAAGGAGAUUUUGAUUAUACUAUUGAACCUGUUGUUGGGAUCUAAGAAUUUCCUCAAGAAGUUAAAUACAUCAUAGAUUUAAAAUUACUGAAGAAUAUUUCAUAUGAUUAAAUAAAUGUAAUAAUAGUUGUUGAUAAGAAACUGAUUAUUUCUGAAGACUUUGUCAAAUUAGAACAAAACUCAGGUUAGAUUAAAAUCUCAAUUCCUUUUAUUUAAGAUGAAUUGUCUCAAAAAGUUGUUGAACUUUUCUCGAAUGCAAAUGAAAUUUCAAUAUACACUACUAUGUGUGUCUCUCUAGUGAGUAUAUUCUCAACUGGCUAUUCAAAUCUUUUUAUGACUCUUGAUACUAUUUAAUAUCUCUACUACACAAGAUAUAUCAAUAUGGAAUUUCCUUAAAAUUUGCAAUAGAAUAUGGAUAAUCUAAAGAAGUCUUCUGUGAGUUCAAUGGUUACUAAUAAACUCAAAUAAACAGGGUUAUCCUAAAAGAUGGCAUCUCAACCCAAAGAAAAUAAUGAAUAAGAAUAAGGAAUGCCCAAUAAAUUUAAAUAAGAUAAUCUACACUAUUAAUUUAGUUCAAAUAUAUAAACAACAGCUGUCGCCUUAUCCAUAGGUCUGAGUAUCUUCCUAACAACUUUAUCGAUCUCGAAACUACUUCAUUUGAUUCCACCUCACAAAUUAAAUGAUCUUGGUGGAAUAAUUGGUGGGGGAAUCUUGAAAGUACGAUCAAAAUGUACUAAGAUAUCUAAUGACUUUGUUUACUCUGGAGCCAUUAGAUUAAUAACAGUUAAUUUUUAUGAAAUGCAAUUUGCAUCAUUAAUCCAAUUAUCACAUGUUAGUUUUAAUUCUUAUAGUGAUAUAGCAAAUAAUAGUGGGGCUGUUGCCACUCUAGCCUUCACCUGCAUUUUCACUAGUUUGCUUAUUCAUAGAAUAAGAUAGAUCUAGACUAAAUAAUCCUUGACAAUGAAGCAUUACAUUAAAACUUUAUUUUAAUCAGAUGAGAAGAGCUAUUUAAAGUCAACUUGGUAAAUGCAGUAUAAUACGAUUUUGCUUGUGAAAAAGUCAGUGUAUAUGUUUAUAAUUGUUUGUUUCCAAAACCAAGGACUUUAUUAAACACUUGGUGUUGCGACGUAAGCUGCAGCAUUUGCAACUUAUUUGGCUGUAUCUUCACCAUUUUCGAAUAGUGAGGAUCAAAUUAAACAGUUGAUCACAGAAUUAGGAAUGAUGGCCAAUACUCUAAGCUUUAGUGCAUACUACACUUACGAGUAUUUUUCGAUUUCAAAGGAGAGUUUAAGUUAGAUUGGAUGGUUUAAUAUAGGCAUUUUCACAACUAUAUUGACGUCAAAUUUAGCCAUUGACUUUUCUUCUUAGGCUAGAGUGUUAUACAAGAAAGUAAAGAGGAGCUUUAACAAAUUCAUGGAGAAUUAGAUGCCUACUCAAUCGAGAGUCUAGCCCAUUUUUGUUUGA